UACAGACUCCUUUUUUACUUGGCAAGAUGGCGGAGUACGACUUGACUACUCGCAUCGCGCACUUUUUGGAUCGGCAUCUAGUCUUUCCUUUGCUCGAGUUUCUCUCCGUAAAAGAGGAAAGUGCCAAAUAGAAGCACCUUUUUUCCAAAGUGAACCCACUUGUUUGACCACCAUCCAGAUCAAUAAAUAAAACAUUACAAAUAUCCUAGAAACCUUCCUCUGACCUCUCUUAGUCACUACUCACACCUCCCAAAGAUAUAUAAUGAAAAAGAAUUAUUACAAGGGAAAUUGGAUCUCCUUAGUGAUACCAACAUGGUAGACUUCGCUAUGGAUGUAUACAAAAACCUUUAUUCUGAUGAUAUUCCACAUGCUUUGAGAGAAAAAAGAACCACAGUCGUUGCACAACUGAAACAGCUUCAGGCAGAAACAGAACCAAUUGUGAAGAUGUUUGAAGAUCCAGAAACUACAAGGCAGAUGCAGUCAACCAGAGAUGGUCGGAUGCUCUUUGACUACCUGGCGGACAAGCAUGGUUUUAGGCAGGAAUAUUUAGAUACACUCUACAGGUAUGCGAAAUUCCAGUAUGAAUGUGGGAAUUACUCUGGCGCUGCAGAAUAUCUUUACUUCUUUCGAGUGUUGGUUCCAGCAACAGAUAGAAAUGCUUUGAGUUCACUCUGGGGAAAACUGGCCUCUGAAAUCUUAAUGCAGAAUUGGGAUGCUGCUAUGGAAGACCUUACACGGUUAAAAGAGACCAUAGAUAAUAAUUCUGUGAGUUCUCCACUUCAGUCCCUUCAGCAACGAACAUGGCUCAUCCACUGGUCUCUGUUUGUUUUCUUCAACCACCCCAAAGGGCGUGAUAACAUAAUUGAUCUCUUCCUUUACCAGCCACAGUAUCUUAAUGCAAUUCAGACAAUGUGUCCACAUAUUCUACGCUAUUUGACUACAGCUGUCAUAACAAACAAAGAUGUUCGGAAACGCCGACAGGUGCUAAAAGAUCUUGUUAAAGUUAUUCAACAGGAGUCUUACACAUAUAAAGACCCAAUUACAGAAUUUGUUGAAUGCUUAUAUGUUAACUUUGACUUUGAUGGGGCUCAGAAAAAGCUGAGGGAAUGUGAAUCAGUACUUGUGAAUGACUUCUUCUUGGUGGCUUGUCUUGAGGAUUUCAUUGAAAAUGCUCGUCUCUUCAUAUUUGAGACUUUUUGUCGCAUCCACCAGUGUAUCAGCAUUAACAUGUUGGCAGACAAACUGAACAUGACUCCAGAAGAAGCUGAAAGGUGGAUUGUAAAUUUGAUUAGAAAUGCAAGACUAGAUGCCAAGAUUGAUUCUAAAUUAGGUCAUGUGGUUAUGGGUAACAAUGCAGUCUCACCCUAUCAGCAAGUGAUUGAAAAGACCAAAAGCCUUUCAUUUAGAAGCCAGAUGUUGGCCAUGAAUAUUGAGAAGAAACUUAAUCAGAAUAGUAGGUCAGAGGCUCCUAACUGGGCAACUCAGGAUUCUGGCUUCUACUGAAGAACUAUAUAAAGACAAGAUGAAAAAACUAUAAAAUAAAGAUGAAAUAAUAAGACCAUUAUAUAAAGGGUGAUCUACAUUUUAGGAACAAUUAACAUACUGAGUAUAAAUUUGGGGGAAUUUGAAUAAAAUUGGCUGUGUUUCAUUUUAUCAAA